AUGCUCUCGCUCCCUGUGGCCAUGCGGGGCGCGGGUCUCGCCCCCUACGUCGUGGGCAUCACUCUGGCCGGGGUGCUGAACGCCUACACCUUCUUCCUGCUGGGCUGGUGUUGUGAGGCCCUGGGGGGUCUCUGUCGCUUCCCAUUCCAAGGCUUUGCCAAGAGCAAAUGUGCCCCCUUCGAUGUCACCGGCGCCAGCUCCUUCGGCGAGCUCUGGGCCAAAUGCUUCGGGCAGCAGAACGCCUGGAUCGCCGACAUUACAGUGUUGGCGAACAACAGCAUGGCCUGCCUUGCGUAUUGCGUUCUCAUCGGAGAUUUCUUCUCCAAGGCCUUGACGGGUCUGCUCCCCGACUACCCGCUGCUUCAUGGUCGCGGGGCCGAUCUCGUCCUGGUUGGCUUCUGCUUGCUGGUGCCCCUGUCCUUGAUGAAGGACCUCGCCCCCUUGAGGUACGCUUCCAUGGCAGGCCUUGUCGCCACGGCCUACGUCUUCCUGAUGCUGCUGAAGGACGCUGUCGGGUCUGCGCGGUGGGGCGCGGAGGGGCCGCUGGCGAGCAACAUCUCCCCCUUCCGCCUGGACUUCUUCCAAGCGCUGGCCCUGUUUGGAUCGGCCUUCAUGGCCCACUACAACGCGCCGAAGUUCUACGCCCAGCUGCAGGACCGGUCCGUGCCCAAGUUUGCGGUCCUGGUCUGCGCGGCGUUCGGCUUGGCCCUGGUGGUCUUCGUCGUGUUCGGGAUGUGCGGCUUCGCCCUCUUCGGCUACGAAGCGGAGGGCAACAUCCUGAAGAACUACGGCUUCGGCCCUGAGGUGAUGCUGGCAUGGCUGAGCAUGGGCUUCUCCGUGGCCUUCACGUACCCCUUGGUCUUCAGUGGCUUUCGGGACUCCUUCGCAUCCCUGCGGAGGGCUCAGUUCUUUUUUUGUUGGGAGCGACAGCCCGAUCAACAUUGA